UUGUUUAUUUACUUAUUAUUUAUUUAUUUAUUUCAUUUUUGCUCCCUACUUACAGGUACUUCUUCCGAUAUAUCCGUAACAACUGAACCUGCCGCCCUCGAACUAGCUAUCACGCGAGGAGGCAUACGCCAUAUUAUCGUCUGUGGGCACUCAGAUUGCAAGGCCAUGAAUUUGCUUCAUUCACUUCAUCAGUGUCCAAAGAAUUUCGACAUGGAGUCGCCAAUGGAUCAUUGGGUUCGGCGUAAUGGAUUUCGCAGCAUGAAACGCCUGAACGAGCGACUCCACAAAGGUGGCACAGUAUUGAAAUUCGGAACUAAAGUAGCUCCUAGUCAAGAUUUUGAGGCUAUAGUGGACCCACUGGACAAACUUCCUGUAGAAGACAAACUGUCACAGAUAAACGUCUUGCAACAGCUAGAGAACAUUGCAUCCCAUGAAUUCUUGAAGGAACAUUUUGAAUCAGGUAACCUAUUCGUUCAUGGGAUGUGGUUCGACAUCUACAACGGUGACGACUACCUCUUCUCCAGAGAUAAAAAACGCUUCGUCCUGAUAGAUGAAGGAACAGUUUCCAAUCUCAAGGCAGAACUGGAAUAUCGUUGUGGACGACCAUCAUCAGAUCAAGCUGACGAGACAGUUAGAUCAGCAAUUCUUACUAAUCCCUGA